AUGGCCGCUCAGGUCGCUAGCGUCGCCACUCUCAACACUAGCCCGCCAUCCGAACUCAAAAAGCCGGAUCGGGACCCACAGGAGGAGUCGGUACCGGGAGAGAAACAGCAUGAAAAUAAGGAACCGGGACCUGACGGCGGAUCUCCCGGCCAGAAGGAGCUGCAGGACGGGACCGAUGCUGGAAAUGCUGGGGGAGGAGGGGAUCCUGACAUGAAGAACGGCAACGGGAAUUUGCCGAGGGUAAAUAAUAAUAGCAGUAAUCAGAAUGAUUCAGGCGGGCCCGAGGGGAAUAACCAUCCCGGAAUGGGACACCACCACCCGGGCCCCUUUCCUCCACCUCCUUACGGUUACAACCAGCACUACAGCCGGGCCCCUUUUCAUCAACAUGGCGGACAACAAAGCCCUGGCAUGGCAGCUGCAUCGGGGCCGGGCAUGAUGGACCCGUACCCCCCUAAUUCACACGAACACGGCUACCCCAACCAUUAUAACAACUACAGCCCUUUCCAGAACAGGACUUCUUAUCAGGGCCAAGGAUACGGGGCCAUGAAUUCCCCGCGUAACAACCAGCCUCCGGCAGCUGGGGGGCAGCCAGGCAAGCAGCAGCCAGCAGGAGGAACCACCGCUAUGGCUGCCUCUUACAAUAAUCAGAGGUAUAACGUGGGAAACCAACAACCUACGUCCACGCCAACUUUAAAUCAGCUUUUGACAUCCCCUAGCUCCGCCAGGAGCUACCCGAAUUACCCCCAAGGAGACUAUAACAAUCAGGAAGGGGCCAGCAAGGGGCCAGGAGACAUGGGCAGCAGUCAGUAUGGUGGGGUCCAUCCGGGUUGGCAACAAAGGGCCCACCAUCAGCCUCCCAUGAGCCCGGGAAACACUGGACAACCUCCCAACAGAAAUCAGCCUCCAAGCCCAAUGGACCAGGUCGGAAAGAUGCGCGGGCAGUCAUAUGGAGGAGGACCCAACCCCUACACCCAGCAACAGCAGCAGCAGCAGCAAGGGGCUCCCGCAGGUCCCGGACCCCAGCAGGGAGGCUCUUACCCCGGGCAGGGCUACGGACCCCCGGGCCCUCAGAGGUAUCCUAUGGCGAUGCAGAACCGAACACCUGGCGCUAUGGGCGGCAUGCAGUACGGACAGCAGAUGUCAGCUUAUGGACAACAGGGGCCUGGUGGCUACAGCCAGCAGAGCCAGGGCUACUAUGGUCAGCAUGGCGCCCCCCCUCACCCUGGCCAGCAGCAACAGCAGCCUCCGUACUCUGGUCAACCCCAGGGCAGCUCUGGAGCUCCCUACCCCCAACAGGGCCACCCUGCGCAGCCUUCUGGCCAACAUGGGCAGCCUGGACCCCCCUACCAACAAUCCCAAGGUCCACACGGUCCUCCUCCAGGUCAGCCUCCCUAUAGCCAGCCCCCACAGUCUCAGCCAGGACAACCUCCCUACGUUCCUCCCCAGCAGCAGCAGCAGCCUCAACAGCAGCAGGGACCGGGUCCCCAAACUCAGCAGGGCCCCCAGGGCCAGCCUGGCUAUCAACAAUCCCCUGGACCGGGGCAGCCACCACAGCAGCAAACCCCGCAGCCACAGCCGCAGCCUCAGCCUCAGCCGCAGCAAGGACCUCCACAGCAGCAGCAGCAGCAGCAACAACAACAACAACAGCAGCAGCAACAACAACAACAGCAACAACAACAACAACAACAGCAGCAGCAGCAGCAACAACAACAACAGCAACAACCAGGGGUUCCAUCUCCUCAAGCCCAGCAACCUCCAGGGCACGGACAGCAGGGUCAACCGUCACCGUACUCCCAGACACCGCCACUGCAGCAGCCGCCACAACAGCAGCAGCAGUCACCAUAUCAGAGGUUCCCGCCUCCUCCACAGGAACUCUCCCAGGAUUCCUUUAGCUCCCAGUCCAGCGCUCCUCCUUCCAACCAGCCCAUGGCUUCCAACAAGAGCAGUCAAGAAGACAGCAUGCAGGGCCGGCCAUCCAGUCUGCCGGAUCUGUCGGGCUCGAUCGACGACCUGCCCACCGGUGCAGAGGGGGCCCUGAGCCCCGGCGUCAGCACCUCAGGGGUAUCCAGCAGUCAGGGGGAGCAGAGCAAUCCCGCCCAGUCGCCCUUCUCGCCGCACACGUCGCCCCACUUGUCAGGCAUACGUGGGCCCUCGCCAUCACCCGUGGGUUCCCCCGCCAGUGUCACCACCUCCCGCACCGGCCCCCUGUCCCCUGCUGCUGUGCCAGGUAAUCAGAUGCCUCCGCGGCCACCCAGCGUCCAGUCAGACACCAUCAUGCACUCUUCCAUGAACCAGUCCGCCAUGGGCCAGGAGCGGGUGUACAUGCGUAACCCUCAGAUGCCUCCCUACGGGUCCCCUGGUCAACCUGGCUCCGCCUUAUCUCCACGCCAGUCCUCGGGAGGCCAGAUGCAUGCUGGGAUGGGACCAUAUCCUCAGAACAACUCAAUGGGGAACUAUGGGCCUCAGGGGGGGCAGUAUGGUCCACAAGGUUACCCCAGGCAGCCCGGCUACACAGGGAUGCCCAAUGCCAACUACCCCACCGGCCCCGGCAUGAGUGGCUCCAUGAACCCCAUGCCUGGUCAGGGCAGCGGGGCUCCGUAUGGCGGCAUCCCGCCUGGCAGAAUAGUCCCGGGGCAGAUGGGUGCUCGGCCCUUUGGUCCUGCAAUGGCUUCAAACAUGGUCGGCAUGCCGCCUCAGGUGGCGUCCGGGAUGUGUCCCCCUCCGGCCAUGAACAGGAAGGACGGCGGCCCCUCCAUGCACCACGGGCCCACAAACUCUGUACACAACAGGCCUCCUGGCUACCCUAACAUGGCCCAGGGCAUGAUGGGAACAGGCUCUCCAUACGGCCCUGGAAUGAACAGCAUGCACGGUAUGAUGAACCAGGCAGGGCCUGGGCCUUACCCGACGGGAGCAAAUAUGGCCAACAACACUCCUGGAAUGGCUCCCAGUGCGGAGUUUGGCGUGGAGAAAAUGAACCCUACCCAGAAGAUAAACAACAAAGUGGAGGGGACUCCCAAGCCUGAAACCAAAAAGAAGUCGAGCUCUUCCACCAUCACUAACGAGAAGAUCACUCGUCUGUACGAGCUCGGUCCAGAGCCAGAGAGGAAGAUGUGGGUGGAUCGAUUUCUGGCCUUCGCCGAGGAGAAGGCCAUGGGCAUGAACAACCUGCCCGCAGUCGGACGCAAGCCUCUCGAUCUCUACAGGCUCUACGUGUCCGUCAAAGAGAUCGGCGGCCUCACCCAGGUGAACAAGAACAAGAAGUGGAGGGAGCUGGCCACCAACCUGAACGUGGGCACGUCGAGCAGCGCAGCCAGUUCACUUAAGAAACAGUACAUCCAGUGUUUGUACGCCUUCGAGUGCAAGAUUGAGCGUGGCGAGGACCCGCCCGCAGACUUCUUCAACACGGACACCAAAAAGAACCAGCCGAAGGUCCAGCCUCCCAGCCCAGCUGGUUCUGGAUCCCUGCAAGGACCCCAGACUCCUCAGUCCACCAGUAGUUCGAUGGCAGAAGGUGGAGACCUGAAGCCCCCAACCCCAGCCUCCACCCCGCACACGCAAAUGCCUCCAAUGCCUGGCGUCAGGAGUAGCGUUAAUCUGCAGGACCCCUUUGCGGAUGGCGGAGACCCAGCGUUUUCCAGAAGGAACGCAAUGACUCCCAAUUCACAGGGCUACCAGCCUGGGAUGGGGGGCCCGGAGAUGAUAGCUCGAAUGGGUCCCUACGAGUCCAACAAGGACCCCUUCGGCGGGAUGAGGAAAGCUGGAGAGCAGUUCAUGCAACCAGGUCCCAACAGUGGGAUGGCAGAACAGUAUAACCGAGGCCCGCCAGGCCCUAUGGGUAGUAACAUGCAGAUGGGCCAGAGGCAACAGUACCCUUACGGAUACGACAGAAGACCGGAGCCGGGCAUGGGCCCUGACGGCAGUAUGGGACCAGGAGCUCCUCAGCCCAACAUGAUGCCUUCUGGUGCCGACACAGGGAUGUACUCGCCCAGCCGCCCUCCGCCACAGCAACGGCAUGAAUCCUAUGCCAAUCAGUACCCUGGCCAAGGAGCUCCCCCUGGUGGCCCGUACCCAAAUCAACAGCCAGGAAUGUAUCCACAGCAGCAACCGAACUACAAGCGUCCCGUGGAUGGUGGGUAUGGCCCUCCUGCCAAGCGCCACGAGGGAGAAAUGUACAAUGUCCCCUACAGUGGUCAGCAGCAGCCAGGACCCCAGCCCUCGGGACCCCAAGGCCAACAGGACAUGUAUAACCAGUAUAACGCAUAUCCUGGAGGGGACCGCAGACCACCAGGUCCACAGAACCAGUUCCCCUUUCCCUUUGGCCGGGACCGAGUACCGCCAUCUGCAGGCCCGAACUCCCAGUCUCCAAUGCCUCCCCAAAUGAUGUCGAGCCCCAUGCCUUCGGGUCCUGAUGGCCCCCAGGGCCCAAUGUGGCAGGGUCGCAAUGAGAUGGGCUACCCUAACUAUCCCAACAGACAGGGACCUCCUGUACCAGGCCAGGGCCCCGGCUACCACGGCAUGAACCGCUCAGAGGAGAUGAUGCCCUCAGACCAACGCAUGAACCACGAGGGGCAGUGGCCUGGCCACGUCAACCAGCGGCAGCCGCCGUUUGGCCCCGGCGGUUCUGGACCUCCCAUGACCAGACCCCUGCCAUCCACCUACCAGACUUCCCAGAACCACAUUCCUCAGGUGUCAAGCCCAACACCAAUGCCCCGGCCCAUGGAAAGCAGGACGUCACCCAGCAAGUCCCCCUACAUGCAUCCGGGGAUUAAGGUGCAGAAAGCUGGACCCCCAGUACCCGCCUCCCACAUUGGUCAGGCCCCAGUGCAGCAACCCAUGAUAAGGCGAGAUGUGGCCUUCCCACCUGGCUCUGUGGAGGCCUCCCCACCCCAUCUUAAACCUCGCAGACGGCUCACCAUGAAAGACAUUGGCACUCCUGAGGCUUGGAGAGUGAUGAUGUCACUAAAGUCAGGCUUACUAGCUGAGAGCACCUGGGCUUUGGACACCAUUAACAUUUUACUGUAUGAUGAUAAUAGCAUUACUACUUUUAACUUAUGCCAGCUGCCUGGUUUCCUGGAGCUGGUGGUGGAGUACUUCAGACGCUGCCUCAUCGAGAUCUUUGGCAUCUUAAAGGAGUACGAAGUCGGAGACCCCGGCCAGCGCACCCUCAUAGACCCCAACGCGGCUGAGGAUCCUGAUGAUGACAUUCUUAUGCCUGAGGGCGAGGACAUGGACGUGGACGAAGAGGACGAAGAGGAUGAGGAGGUAGAGGAAACGAAGGCCACUCCUGACACCCCCGCACUGGUCCAGGUGAAACAGGAGGAGGAGAGCUCACACAAACACGCGUCUUCAGAGGACGAGGAUGAGGAGAAGGAAAGGGAGUCUUCUAUUAAGGAACCCAAUACCUCUACUUCAGGGUCCUCCCAGGAUCCCAACCUCCACUCGGAAAAGCCCAAGCAGGCCAGCAAGUUUGAUAAACUUCCCAUCAAGGUGGUGCGAAAGAAGAACCCCUUCCUGGUGAACCACUCGUCCAAGCUUGGGCAGCGGCAGAGUUUUGACAGCGGCCUGACACACUGGAGCAUCGGUGGCGGCGACACCACCGAGCACAUCCAGACACACUUCGAGAGCCGGAUGGACCUUCUCAAGCAGCGGAAACGCAAGCCAACAGCCACUGAAAGCCGCAAGAAGGCCCAGGUGACUGAGACUGUGACAGAAAACCCUGAUAAAUCCAAGUCCAAUGGGGAGAGUAGACCUCGGCAGCAGCUGCCCGAGUCUUCCGAACCUCAGAAGUCUCCAGCGGAGAAGACUCCUCCUCCUCUUCCUCCUCCUCUUCUUCCGAUUGGUGCACCAGUCACUGCCACAAUCGAUGAUGUACUAUCUGCCCGCCCGGGCUCGGUCACCGAGGAAGUUGUUCGUGGAGGCGCAGAAGAGCAGAAGGAGAACGGCAAGUACCUGUUCAGCAUCAACCCCGACCUCCAGAGCCGACGCAACAUCAAGAUCCUGGAGGACGAGCCCCACAGCAAGGACGAAACGCCGCUCAGCACUCUGUCGGACUGGCAGGACUCGCUAGCCCGGCGCUGCAUCUGCGUUUCCAACAUAGUGCGCAGCCUCUCAUUCGUUCCUGGUAACGACCUGGAGAUGUCGAAACACCCGGGCCUCCUGCUGCUGUUGGGCCGCCUGGUGCUGCUCCACCACAGGCACCCCGAACGCAAACAGGCCCCAGUCACCUACGAGAAGGAGGAAGAGGAAGAUGAAGGCGUUAGCUGUGAGAGAGACGAGUGGUGGUGGGACUGCCUCGAGGUGUUGAGGGAGAACUGCCUCGUCACUCUGGCGAACAUCUCGGGCCAGCUGGACCUUUCUAUCUAUCCAGAGAGUAUAUGCCUGCCGCUGUUGGAUGGCCUGCUUCACUGGGCUGUCUGCCCCUCAGCAGAGGCCCUGGACCCCUUCCCAACGCUGGGGCCCCACGGCUCACUUUCCCCCCAGAGACUGGUCCUCGAGACCCUCAGCAAGCUCAGCAUCCAGGACAACAAUGUCGACCUCAUACUGGCAACGCCGCCAUUCAGCCGCUUGGAGAAGCUGUACGGCUCGCUGGUGCGCUUGGUCGGCGAGCGCAAAGUGGCCGUUUGCCGAGAAAUGGCGGUCGUCCUGUUGGCCAACUUGGCCCAGGGCGACAGCCUAGCGGCGCGGUCUAUUGCCGUGCAGAAAGGCAGCGUGGGUAACCUGUUGGGCUUCCUGGAGGACAGCCUAGCUGCCACACAGUACCAGCAGAGCCAGAGCUCCCUGCUACAAAUGCAGGGAGGACCUCAGUUUGAGCCCACGAGUGUGGACAUGAUGCGGCGGGCGGCCCGGGCCCUGCACGCCCUGGCUAAGUUGGAGGAAAACCACUCGGAGUUCACGUUGUACGAGUCGCGGCUACUGGACAUCUCAGUGUCCCCACUUAUGAACUCUCUGGUGUCCCAAGUGAUCUGUGACGUACUGUUUCUGAUCGGCCAGUCAUGACAGCCGUGGGGAGGUUUCAGCUCUGCCUCUUUCCGUUCCCUCUCACCCCUUUUUUUUGUGUGUGUGCGUGUGUCUGUUGCGUGUGAGUGAAAAGAGCAAAAACCGACUGUCCUUUUUAUUUUUUUUUAUUUAUGCAAAAUCACCUCGGAUUCCACUGUCUUUCUACCCCUGCUUCUCACUAAGGGAAGGAAUAUCAUGAAGUAGCUGUGGAUUUUAAACGUCUAAAAUGGAAAGAUACUGACAUAGAAGAGCAGAUUGGGACCCAGGCAUAGGACAGAGCGCGCGUGCUGCCCGCCGGAAAGGACUUGUUUUUUAAUGAAAAGAAAAAAAUCUCCAGAAAAAAAAAAAAGAAGAAGAAACUGUAACCAAAGUUGCUGUCUCGUUUACAGUGAGUUUGGGGGAUACAUGCUCGCUUUCUCCCUCGGGGAGGGGUCGGCAGGGGGAAGAGGGCCACGGACUAGACAAUAUAAUGGUUCAUGUUUGGAGGCUACAUAGACUCACGGACUGUGGUGUGGUAUAAUUGCUGUAACUUUGGAUGCUAUAUACUCAGCCCCACAGGAACCACAUUAUUGGCUGUGAACAGACAAUUGUCAUGGGAGGCCUGUGCAGUAGAUUGUAGGACUUUUUUUCUGUACUGUACACCUUAAAAACUGUAAACAUACUGUAAUAAUACUGUUUCACACUGAGAUACGCUGGCUUGGCAGCAAACUGUAGUUUUUAAAAACAGUUUUAGUUAAUGUCGAAAGAGAAAACGGCUUUCCCCCCAAAGUAUGGUGAACCUACAACACCCCGACCUCUUCUCUUUGUCCCUUGAUUGUAUGACUUGACCCUUAUAUUAAAAAGUCACCUCUUUAGGACUGGUCCUCAACUCUAGAUGCAGUCCAAGCUGCAGUGUAUAUAUGAUGUUGUACAUUACACCUCUCUCUCUAUCUCUAUCUCUCUCUCAACUUCUGUUGCUCUUCACCAUUUUUAAUCUUUGACGAUUACAAGUUCCCCCUGCAUCAAGUACGCCAUGUGAUGACUUGACGCCUACCCUCUCCGUUACCUAGGCGCCUCACCCUGCUCGUGUCGCUCUCCGGGGGUGUUUAGCUGCUGUCCAACGCCACCCCCAACAAACAACUUCAAGUUUCAGUUUGUCUCCGGUCUGGGUGUAGAGAAUAUAACAUGUCUGCGGUUCCAUUUGAGCUCCUUCAUAAAUGACAAACUAGACCUUGAUGAAGAAAACCAUUUUUAUUUUUUGUUUAUUUUUGUUUAUUUUUGUUUUUUUUUUCAGUGAUGCGGAUUCUGCAUAUUUGUAUUUCAGAUGAUGUAGCUAAAAACUUGAUGUAAAUUCCUCUUUUUUCCUUUUUUGGCUUAAUGAAUAUCAUUUAUUCAGUAUGAAAUCUUUAUACUAUAUGUUCCACGUGUUAAGAAUAAAUGUACAUUAAAUCUUC